AUGACUGUUUCAAAGAAAUCAAAAACUAUUGCAAAAAAGGAUAAUAAUAUGAAAGAUGAUGAUACAAUUAUGAAUGAAGAAUUAAAUAAUAAUAGUAAUAGUAAUAAUAAUAAUAAUAAUAAUAAUAAUAAUAAUAAAAACACAUCUACAAAUAGUACUACUGCAUCAACGACAACAAAGCCGAAAAGUCAAUCAGACUCACCACCACUUUCAAAUUCAUUAAUGACAAGAUCAAGAUCAAAACAAUCUCCACAAAUUUCAUCAGCAAACUCAUCAAACAAUAACAAUAAUAAUACAACAACACCAGCCAAUAAUAAUGGUAAAUCAAAUAAAAACAACAACAAUAAUAUAGCAACAUCAAAAAGACCACCAACUAGAAGUAAGAGUGGUAUUAUUAAUAAUAGUAGUAGUAACAACAACAACAACAAUAAUAAUAAUAAUAAUAAUAACAAUGAAGAAGAGGAAGAAGGUAAAACUGAAGAGUUACAAGAUGAAUAUACAUUGGAAUCCAGUGACGAUGACGAUACUAGUAAAAAAAGCAAUAAUGAUGAAAAACCAUUACCACAACCACCUGUAAAUAAAAACAAACCAAAUAAAAAGUUAAAAAACGAUAAUGAAGGAGAAAAUGAGGAAGAUGAAGAGGAGGAAGAAGAAGAGGAGGAGGAAGAAGAGGAGGAGGAAGAAGAGGAGGAUAUAUAUAUAGAAAAUGUACGUGACGUUAUAAAGAGUGACGAUGAUCAAUCAUUUGGAGAUUCAUCAGCUGAUGAAAAGAAACCCAAUAAUUCAGUGGCAAAAAAAGCACCAAAUAAUACAAUGACAAUCAAAGCUACAAGAUCAACAUCAAGAACUAGAGGUGGUACCACAGCACAAUCAACUCCACCACCUCCCCCACCAUCAAGAACAAGAGGUGGUAAGAAAGCAGCACACAUUAAAAACAAUAUAGAAUCUGAAGAGUCCUCAGAAGAAGAAGAAGAAGAAGAGGAGGAGGAGGAUGAAGAAGUUCAAGCAUCAUCAUCUUCUUCUUCUUCAAGAAGAGGUGUUAGACAAAUUAAUGCAACAACAGCAAAAAAACCACCAGCCUCUAAAUCGAAAAGUCAACCUUCACCACCAACCAGUAAUAGUUUAAAUGGAAAACGAAGAAGAACUCCACUAAAUAAAAUUGAAUCGGAAUCGGAAGAAUCAGAUGAAAGUUCAGAUGAAUAUGAAACACCAAUAACCACUUCAAAAAGUAAAGUACCAAUUAAAAAAGGAGGUAGUAAGAAAGCGGCAGCAUCACCAACAACAACAAAACUUGAUAAAAGUAAGAGCAACAUCAGUAGUAGUAGUAGUAGUAGUAAUAGUAAUAAUAAGAAAAAACAACUUGGAGUAACGAAAUCAAGGGUACCAUUGAAAGGAAAAGGAAAAAUCAAGAAUUCAUCAUCCGAAGAUGAGGACGACGACGAUGAUGAUUCUGAUGAACAAAACUUUGACGAAAGUGAUGAUUUUGCAAGUGAAAAUAGUUCAGAGGAACAAGCAUCAGAUGAUGAAUACUAUAUGAGUGAAGACGAUCCUUUGGAUCAAAUUGAAAUCCCGAUCGCGGAUGAUGAUGAAUUAAGGGUUCAAAAGGUUUUAACACAAAGGUUAUUUAAGAAAAAGUUUUUAUCUCUUCCAUAUUCACUUUUAGAUUUCAUAAAAUUACAACCUCAAUUUGUACCACCUUCUUUAUCAAUAGCCUCACCACCACCAACUACAACUUCAACUCCAACUCCAACACCAAAUACAACUACAAAUACUUCACCAAGUUUAACUUCAAUUAUAUCAUCAGAGUCAACUAAUACUACUACUACCACCACCACCACCACACCAGUUGAUAAAAAAGAUGAACAAAUGAAAGAUACUGAAUCUACAACCACCACCACUACUACAACUACUAAAAAUACAGAGUCAACUUCUACCGAUAAAGUAAAAGACGAAGAAAUGACUGAUAUCAAUUCUAAAACAAAAGAGACUAUUAUUAAAACUGAAACCACAAUUAAAGAACAAGAUGGACCAAAAGAAACUGUAGCAGUAGCCACAACAAAAACUACAACAACUGUAAAAGAUGAUGAUAAAAUGAAAGUUGAUGAAUCAUCUACAACUAAAACAGCAACAGAGGUUUCAAAUGAAGCAACAGAGGUUUCAAAUGAAGCAACAUCAGCAGCAGCAGCAACAACAACAACACCACCACAACCACCAAUUACAGAAGAGAUUAGAUUUUUAGCAUUAUUUAAAAAUAAAUCAUAUAGAAGUGUAAGAUGGGUAACAGAAAAAGUUAUUGAAAAAGAAAAAGAGAGUCCAACAUUAAUAAAGUUAUUGAAAACCGUUAGAAAUACACCACCACCAGCAAUAAAGAAUGAAUCAGAAGCCAAUCCAUUCAAUUAUUUCUCACCAGAUUGCACAGUGAUUGAAAAGAUUUUAGCAAAGAAAGAGACUAAAGCAGGUAAAUCCAAAAAGAUGACAACAUUUUAUCUCUGCAAAUGGAAAACACUACCCCAUGAAAAGAGUACAUGGGAGGAUGAAAAUAUUUUAAUCACCGAAGAGGAUCAAGCAGCAAUUAAACAAUUCAAUGCCAAUCAGUUACUUUUGGAUCAACCAAAGAAAUAUGUUAAUCGUCCAACUAAAUUACCCAUUUUCAACAAUGAAUUGGUACCAAAAUUCCAAGAUAACCUCUCAUUAAAGGAGUUCCAAGUUGAGGGUUUCCUAUGGCUUAGUUAUUGUUGGUAUCAUUGUAGAUCCUCUUUGUUGGCUGAUGAAAUGGGUCUGGGUAAAACCAUUCAAUCCAUUGCUUUCCUUCAAUACCUUAGUCAAUCUGUAGGUAUUAAAGGUCCAUUUUUGGUGGUUGCACCACUUUCAACCCUUGGUAAUUGGCAUAAAGAAAUCUUAAAAUGGACAAAAAUGAAAACUCUUGUAUUUUAUGGUUCUCAAGAAACUCGUGGUUUCAUUUCAAAAUAUGAAUUUAAACAUAAAGAUACCUAUCUCUUUGAAGUACUCUUAACAACCUAUGAAACUAUUAUGUCUGAUCAUUCUUCAUUCGUUAGAGUACCUUGGAGAGCUUUAAUUUUAGAUGAAGGUCAUCGUAUUAAAAAUGAUAAAUCCAAAGUUUUAAGUAAAUUAAAAUCAAUUAAAACUGAACAUUCAAUUAUUUUAACAGGUACACCAUUACAAAAUGAUAUGAAAGAACUUUGGACAAUGUUAAACUUUUUAGAUCCAGAUAAAUUUAAUAGUUGUCAAGAAUUUUUAGAUGAAUAUAGUGAUUUGAAAGAAGAGUCACAAGUUUCAAAACUUCAUCAAUUAUUAUCACCCUAUUUAUUAAGAAGAAUGAAAGAGGAUGUAGAGUUAUCAAUUCCAAUUAAAGAGGAGACAGUUAUACAGGUUGAAUUAUCAUCAACACAAAAAACCUAUUAUAGAGCCAUUUUAGAGAGAAAUAGAGAAUUUCUUUCAAGAGGUAUUAAACAAAAAACCAAUUUACCAAAACUUUCAAAUAUUAUGAUUCAAAUUAGAAAGGUUUGUAAUCAUCCAUUCUUAAUCCCAGGCGCAGAAGAAUCAAUAGUUAAACAAGAAAAGAUUGCAGGUGAUGAGGAAUUGGGUGAACUUUUAGUUAAAUCAAGUAGUAAAUUGGUGUUGGUCGAUAAGUUGCUUCAAAGAUUGAAAGCAGAGGGUCAUCAAGUGUUAAUCUUUAGUCAAAUGGUUGAAUCUUUGAAUAUUUUAGAGGACUAUUUACAAUAUCGUGAAUAUACCUACGAGAGAUUGGAUGGUUCUAUAAAAUCAGAAGUUCGUCAAGCUAGUAUUGAUCGUUUCCAAGAUAAAGGUGCCAAUAGAUUCGUUUUCCUUUUAUCAACAAGAGCAGGUGGUGUUGGUAUCAAUUUAACAACAGCCGAUACCGUUAUUCUUUUCGAUAGUGAUUGGAAUCCACAAUCAGAUUUACAAGCUCAAGCUAGAUGUCAUCGUAUUGGUCAAACGAAUAAUGUUAAAGUUUAUCGUCUCAUCACUAGAAAUACCUAUGAAGAGUAUUUAUUUGAAUGUGCUACUAAAAAGUUAUUAUUGGAUCAUAUUGUAUUAAGUACCAAUAAAGAUAAGAAACAAACCAAUACUACUCCUAUUUCUACUACCACUUCAUCAUCUUCUACUACCACCGCCUCCUCCUCAUCAAAUGUUGAUUCACCAUCACCAGGUGAUACACCUUCCAAUUCAAAUCCAUUCAAAGUUUCUGCUGGUGAUGCACCAUUGGUAGAGGACCCAAAUACACCAAGUCAAAUUAGUCAAAUGUUAAAGUAUGGUGCUGCUUAUCUUUUCGCCGAAACAACUGAUGAAGCAAAUAAACAAGAUAAAAUCAUGAUCAAUGAAGAUAUCGAUAAGAUUUUAGAACGUUCAACCACCAUUCAAUUUGAUGAAAAGAAUAGUAAACCUUCAAGUUUAUCCGGUUUUUCAAAGGCUACAUUUGCUUCAAGUGAAACCGAUAUGAAUGUGGAUAUGAAUGAUGAAAACUUUUGGGAAAAGGUUUUACCAGACUAUAAGACCGUUAAACAACUUGAAGAAAAACUUGCAAGUGGUUCAGCUCUUCAAUCCGAAGAAUCUCGUGCCAUUUUUGUUCAAGAUAUUCUAGAUUUAGCUCAAACCAAAAAGGAUGAUGUUGUCGAUAGUGUUUCAAUCGAAUUUAUUGGUGAUUUGGUUAAAUUGAUUAUGCGUGUAGAGUUUAAUACAAGGUUUACACUUGAAGAACGUGAAAAACUUCAACAAACUAAAUUACUCUUGGAGAAACCAAGAACUAGAAAACGUGUCAUUCCAGAGGUUAUUCAAAGUCAACAACAUCACCAUUCCGAUAAUAAAAAGAAGAAACAAUCAAACAAUAUUCUAUUGGCUGAUUCCGAUAGUAGUAGUGAUGGUGGUGGUGGUAGUGAUACUGAUUUCAUCUUACCAGAUGAUGGUGAUUCCUAUGAAUCUGAUGAUCAACACGUUGAAACAUUGGAUAAUACUGUAAACUCUCUUUCAAACCCACCAUUGAAACAAAGAAAAAGUGAAAAGAAAUCACAAUUCUCUGGUUCAUUGAGUGGUAUUGGUGGUCAAUCUUCAAAUAAAUUGGGUGGUGGUAAUCAAUCUUCAUCCAGUGGCGGUGGUAGUAGUGGUCAAUCUACAAAUGCUCAAUCGAUUAUCAAUGCCUCUUGGAAUAAAUCUCAAAAAGAUAAAUUCAAAUCAAUUCUACUUAAAGUUGGUUUCCAUCGUUGGAAGAAAAUUCAAUCAGAAUUGGCAACUCAAUCAGUUUUAAAAUCACCAGGUGAAAUACAAUCAGUCUCUGAAUCAUUCUUGGAGGUUGGUUUAAAACAACAAGGUUCAAUCAUUAAAGAUUUUUAUGAUUCUUUAUUGGAUGAUACUUCAACUUAUAAUUUCCAUAAAAUGGGUUUCAAUACUGAAAAUAAAAUCAUUCUCAAUGAUGCAUCCAAAUUAAAUGCCGCUGCCGCUUCAGCCUCUUCCUCUUCUGAUAAACCAACUCCACCUCCAAUUAAAAGAUUCCACGUUAAGAGAACCUUUAAUGCAAAUGGUUUAUUCUGUGCUCAACAAUUAACAAUUAGAUGGAAUAUUGAAGAACCAAAAUCUAAUGAUAAAGAAACUCAAAUAAAAGUUGAAGAAAAGGAAAAAUCAACUGAAUCAAAAUCAUCAUCUAAUGACGAAAAAGAUGUUUGUGAAAAAGUUGAAAAAGGUGAAAAAGAAAUUUCAAGUGAUAAGGUUGAUGAAAAUAAAGAAAAAGUUGAAAAUAAUGAAAAGGUUAAUGUUGAUGAAAAAUCCAAAGAUAAUGAAAAAUCUAAUGAUAGUGAAAAAUCAAAAGAUAAUGAAAAAUCUAAAGAUGACGAAAAAUCUAAAGAUGAUGAAAAAUCAAAAGAUGACGAAAAAUCACAAGAUGAUGAGAAAUCUAAAGAUGAUGAAAAAUCUAAGGAUGAUGAAAAAUCAAAAUUAGAAGAGAAUCAAGAUGAAUCCACUCCAAUGGAAGUUGAUAAAGAAUCUAAAUCUACUUCCUCAAGUGAAAAACAAUCUAUAGAGAUAAAAGAAGAGAAAGAAUCUGAAAAGAAACCUCAAGAUAAUGAUAAUGCCACAGAAAAUGGAGUUAAAUCACCAUCUACAACUAAUACUGAUUCAAAGUUAACUUCACCUUCUACAGCAACCACAACUACUACCACUACCACUACAACAACACCUACUACUACUACUGCGACAACAGUUAAACCAUUAUCAUUAAAGAAUCCAUGUAAAGAAUCUGCUUAUUAUUUAGUAAUUGUAAACGAAGAUUUUGGUAGUCAACAAAUCCUUAGAACCUAUCCAAUGAGCGAUGUAAAUCAAGGCUCUACAGAUGUUUGUUUACCAGGUUUUGCAAAUAAAUACGAGUUUAGAGUUAUUCAUUCAAAUCCAUCCAAUAACUCUUUCUCCUUUGUUAGUGAACCACUCAAAUUUACAUUAACAAGUAAUUUAAUUUGGCAUCAAGCUGAUUUCCCUUCAUUCUCAACUAGAGUUCAAACUGUAUUGACUCGUUUAGUUCAAAUGAGAGCAAUUAAACAAUUGGUAACCAAAUAUGGUAAACAAUUAACUAAUCUCUCCAUCCCAUACAUUUCAAGAGGUCCUAUUCCAACAUGGACUCAAGAAAAUGAUAAGAGUUUAUUAGUUGGUGUCUAUAAACAUGGUUAUGGAAAAUAUCCUGAAAUUUUCUUUGAUCCUGAAUUAGAUUUACUCUCAAAUGUAAAGAGAGGUCAACCAAAUACUUUUUCACCAAAUCCAACUAGUAAUAAUGAUCAAAAUAAUAAUAAUAAUAAUAAUAAUAGCAAUCAAAACAAUACUGAUAAUAUUGAUAGUGAUAGCGGUAAUAAUAAUAAUCAAAACUCUUCAACUAAUCAACAACAACAGCAACAGCAAUCUGAAAAGAUUCCAUCAUCCGAAUCAUUAAGAAGAAGAAUCCAAAAGGUUACUGAUCAAAUCUUGAAAAAAGAACAUAGUGAUAUGAUCAUGAAACAACAUAUGGCUCAACAAAAACUACAUCAAUUACAACUACAACAACAAAUGAAAGAACAAAAAGAAAAAGAAUUUCAACAACAACAAAACCAACCAAACCAACAAAAUCAACCAGGUCAACAAAAUCAACAAACUCAACAUGGUCAUAGUGGUAGUCAUAAACAAAAAUACUCAAAUGAUUACUUUGACGAUUUCGUUAGUAGAUCAGAUUUUAGUGGUGGUGAUAUUUCCGAUGUGGAAAUUGAUGAUUAUAUUAAAUCAAAGAAAAUGAAACAUUCUCAUAAUAGUUCAAAUAAUAAUAGUAAUAAUAACAAUAAUAGUAAUAGUAAUAAUAAUAAUAACAAUAAUAAUAGUAAUAAUAAUAAUAACAGUACUAGUAAUAGUGGCUACAAUAGCGGUAAUAAUAAUAACUAUAGCAACAAUAGUAGUAAUAAUAAUAACAAUAACAAUAAUAAUUCAUUCUUUGGUAAUAACAAUAGUAAUAACAAUAACCCAUUCUUUGGUAAUAAUAACAAUAAUAAUAAUAAAUUACCAUCAUUAGAUAGAAUGAUAAAUAAGAAUGAUAAUAGUUCACAUAGACAUCAUUCAUCUUCAAAACACAGUAAAAGUCAAUCUUCAAAUCAAAGUUCAAAACCAUUUAGCAAUAGUAGUAGUAGUAGUAGUAAUAAUAAUAACAAUUAUAAUAAUAAUAUUAAUAAUAAUAAUAACAAUAAUAACAAUAAUAAUAAUAAUACAAAUAGUAAUAUAUUACAAAUUAGAUUACAAUGGGAAAAUAGAAUUUAUCCAAUUUCAAUACCAAUUUCAUCAACAAUGGAAUCAUUAAAGAGAUUGUUUAUUGUUAAAGCUGGUAUUCAAUCAGUUGUUUCAAAUACAGGUGAAGAUGCAAAUAAUAUUCUUAGAUUCUAUUAUGAUGGUCAAGUUGUGCCAAUGGGUGUUAAAGUUGUUGAUUAUAUUAGAGAUGAUCCUCGUAUUACUGCAGUUUGGGAAUCUAAAUGGAAGACUAUUCAAGUUAAAGGUUUUGAAUUUGAAAGUGUUUUAAUGAAUGUUCAAGAUGAUACAUUAUUGGAAGAUAUUGUCAAGGCAUACUUUAUCAAUUCUCAUCCACCUUAUGACAUAAAGAAUCUUAGAAUUGAAGUAAAUGGUAAAGUAUUGCCAUUAAACUCUGAUAUUGGUACCAACAAGAUUAAAAAUGAAUCAUACCUAUUGAUUGUUCCAUCACAAGAUAUUAUUCGUGUUUUCGUUACACCAUCUUGGGGUGCUGAAAAAGAAACCUAUGCACUUCAUAAACAAACAACAAUGCUCUCAAAAUUAAUGGAUUCUUUCUUGAAAAAACAUUCAUUACAACCAAAACAAAUCGAUUUCUAUAUACCACGUUUAAAUUGUUCCCUCUCUGGUGAUAAAAACCCUUCACAAAUGGGUAUUGAAAACGAAACAGAGAUUACAGCUAUCCUUUUAUUGGUACGUGUCGAUGCAUCUUACAAUGGUACUACAGUUCCUUACUUUUUAAGUACAACCACUUCUUUUGAAUCAUUAUUCCAUCGUUUCUGUGAAAAAGUUAAAAUUGAUAGGAAAUCUACAAUUUUCUCUUAUGAAGGUAAACGUUUAUUAAAUGAACAAACUCCUGAAGGUAUUUAUAUGAAACCUCAUGCAAGUAUUACUGUAAUUAAUCAUGGUUCUAAUAACAAUAACAAUAAUAAUAAUAUUAAUAAUAAUAUGAUGGGUAGUGGUAUUGGAUCACCAUCAAUUUCAACAUCACCUCAACAACGUCAACCAAAUCUUCCAUUAUCUCCUUCUCAUCAUCAACAAUCACAACAGCAUCACCAACAACAACCAUUAUCUCCACAACGUCAACAAAUUCCAAAAUCAACACAACAAAAAUCUCAUCAACAACAUCAUCAACAACAACAACAGCAACAACAACAAAAUCAUCACCAUCAUCAUCAAUCACCACAACAACACCAAUUACCAAGUAUUAUCGAAGUUGAGGUUAAAUUAGUAGGUCAAGAUGCUGGUAGUUUUAUUAAAAUGCACACCCAAAAUCCAUUCCCACUCGAUAUCUUAAUGGAUAAAUUUUGUCAAGAACAUAACCUCAUUAAAAGCCGUACUCUUUUCACUUACAAAGGUCAAAAAUUAAAUCCAAAUGAUACUCUUGCAACAAUAAAUUUACAAGAUCAAGAUAUUAUUCAAUGUCAUUUGUUAAAAUAA